CCAUUUUCCGUGAACAGCAACGGAAAUAAGCAUCAAGAUGGCUGACCGCGGCUUAAUUGUCACUAAUUAGUUGUUUUGGUUGUAUUUAUUACUUGUUAACUUAAAUUUAUGUAAUUUUAUUGAAAUACAAAAAUGUCGAUGAUUGCUAAGAAUCGAACUAAAAGUACAUGGACGCCGCUGAGUAACGAAGAAACAAAUAAUAAGAUAUUUGAGGAAAGAAGAGUUCUUAUAAAUAAGUGGUUUGAGAAAUGGACACACGAUCAGAGGAAACAGAUACUGGAAGAUUUGAUACAUAAAUCAAAGAUCCGAGAGAAAGGAUUUAUACGGGACUACGUAAAGGAACAUGUUCCCGCCUUAAAAAGAGAUUUCACUCGUCAUCUGCCUAGAGUUAUUUCCAUUUAUAUUUUCUCAUUCUUAGAUCCCAGAAGUCUAAGUAGAUGUUCACAGGUGUGUUGGCAUUGGAAAUAUUUGACAGAAUUAGACCAGUUGUGGAUGCCAAAGUGUGUAAAACUCGGAUGGAGCUUACCAUUAAUGCCUGGCCAGUAUGAAGUGGGCGUAUGGAAACGGAACUACAUAGAAAAUAUCAAAACACUCCAGAUAAUGUUUCCAAAAAAACAUACAAGAUUAGACCUGUCAAAAGUGAAUGAGCACAAACGACCCCCAAAGUCUGCCAAGCAGCCAAAAACGACGCCAUGGCGAGGCUCGGACCCAGUACCCAAGGAUACCUGGAGAUACAACGUACUGGAAAAUGAUGAUGUGGUAUCCGAUGUAAAUAAAGAACGAAAGAAGAAAUCUUACGCAACAGAAGGGAAGAAAAUUUCUAGUAAUUCUAGAAGCAAGGUUAAAACGGGACAACAUAUUCAUAAUACAGAAAUUCGAAGAUCUCAGUCAUACACAAAACUUAUCGCAAGCUCACCAGAUCCUUUGAACAACUGGAAUGGUUUUAACACCUUGCCUGUUGACAUGACGACAGGGGUCAUGCGCCCAGCUCCUGUAUAUUCUCCACCUCACCCAGUACCAGCAAAGCGGCAACCGAUUUCAGCCAGAACACCAAGGGACCCUCCCACAAAAGAUCUGUUUCCUAAGCAACCAUGGACUGUUCCAAAAGAUUCAGAUGAUGAACUUUGACCCCCUGUACACAAAUUUUGUGAAGCAGACUGUGAUUUAUUCUAGAUGAAUCUAAAAUGUUGUAAAAAAAAAUAAACAACAUAGAACCAGUCAGAAAAAAAAAUUACUCAUGACCUUAUGUUUAAUUUUAAAAAUUUUGUUUGAAAGUUUAAUUUUUGUUUUAAAGAACCUUACUCAAUGUACAGCAUAAAUUACUUUUUCAUAUGAAAAAGAUGUUUUUGUGAACUAUAAAUAGAAGUUUCAGUGAAUUUUAAAAUGUCUAUAUAAAAAAGAUGGGUCCAGUUUUAUACUGUUUAUUUCAUUGUUGUGCACAAUAAUAUGAGUUUUAUUUACAUUCAAAGUCAUUGUGUAUUUUUUAUACAGGUUAAUGAGUUUUUAAAAUGUAUAAAAGUAUAUAUCGGCUGUCUGUAGUUAAUACACAAUUUUUUGUUUGAAUUUUAAAAAAAAUCCAAAAUACUUGUAUGAAAGAAAUAAUUAUGUUUAUAUAUUUCUUUAAAAGUGAUCGGUAAAGCAUGCACAAAGUCAUUGCUAAACGGUUAAAACCCUACUUGAAUUAGCAGCAUAUUACUUUGUUCUGAAACAUUUUAUUCUGUUUAUGUACAUGUUCAAUAUUCAUGUGUGUUACAACUCUUGUGAGAAUCAACGGACUAUACAAUUUUAUGAUUUAUCAAUUUUAUGAAAAUAUUUCAUCAGAUUAAGCUUUAUAACCUUUAAUAUUUCAUUAAAAUAAUCUGUCCAUCCUGAUAGAGUGCAAGUGAACAAAGGCCUCGGCAGAAUAUACUUUGUUUUUCUUUGAAUUUAAACAUUAUGCACUAGGCUGUCACAACCCAGUCGUUGUUGAAACUGUGUAAAUCACUUGUUCUGGCUUCAGAACUGUCCAUUGUAAGAGUUUGUGUAUUUCAAUGUCAAAAAAAAUUAUACAAAUAGUGAUUCUAGGUAUUUACUUUUCUCUAAAAUUACUUUAUUUUUUUGUUGUUGUCAAAAUAUGUUAAAAACUAGCCCUAAGCAUUAGUCACAGGGUAAAGGUACAAAAAUAAAUCAAUUAUUAGGCAUAUUUUUCAUAAUCAUGCAAAAUGUUGCAUAGAUUGGAUAUAUGGAAUAUUUAUUAGGCUUUUUAUAUAUUUUUAUGGUGUCUUUGGUGUCUUUUCAAAAAUUAUUUUAAUCUUAUGGAAGCAUAUAGUUUAAGGAUAGCUUUAUUUUAAUACAUUAAUUUUGUAGUAAAGUAUGGAUUUUGUGUACAUGUAAUAAGGUUUUUAAUGUGAUAUUUUACAUGCUGUUUUUUCUUGUACAUGUAUAUAGAUUUAGUAAGUCAUUCAGAUAUACACAUUGACUAUUUAACUGUAUAUUUUAUAUUACAUUGUACUUGUAGAUGGAAUUAUAAAAGCUUUAAAACUUA